AGUUGUAGUUUGUCAGUCAUUAAUUAAACCUCCUACGAAUCGCAUCAAGUGUUUGUACUGCUGAUACCUAGACUUCCUAGUUCCUAUGUUCCUGGAUUUCACAGUGGCGACGAGACAUUCUGGACCCAAGUUCGUUACGGUUGUGAUUAUAACUACAUAGUAGUGCGCGAGCGAACUGAUAACGCGAGUUAGUUUUUUUUGUAAUGAGUGAGACGGCACCGGGUCGAGCAAUGGCGGUCGGUAAAAUACCGGAAUUUAAAAUGGGAGCGGAUAAUUGGAGGCUGUAUGUAGAUCGUUUAGAACAAUACUUUUUAGUGAAUAAAAUUGAUCAAACAAUGUAUGUACCAACGUUAAUUACGGUGAUGGGAGCUGAGUGUUACGAACUUUUAGUGAAUUUGUGCACGCCCGUCAAACCAUCUACCAAAACGUUUGCAGAAGUGACGUCGAUACUCGAAAAACAUUUACAGCCUAAGCCAAGUAUUUUAGCUGAACGUUUUAAAUUCCGGCAUAGGAAGCAGAGUGCGAACGAAUCUAUAUCGGAAUAUGUGGAUGUGUUAAAGCAAAUGUCGAAAGACUGUGAAUUUACGACUUGGUUAGAGGACAGUUUGCUCGUUAUGUAUGCAGGGUAUGCAAUAGACAGGGGCAUUUAAAGCGUAUGUGUCCCAAUAUGACAGAGCAUUACGAUGUGCAUGCCAUUGCCAACACCGUCGUGGAUGAGCUAAAUGCGUGCAGUGAAGACAGUGACGAGUUCCAGAUUCUCUGAAGUUUUCGCGGACGGCCUGGGGCGGUUUACCGGCGGCAAGGUCAGCAUCCACCUGCGUGCGGAUGCCCGGCCUGUGUUCCUGCGCGCGCGGCCCCUGGCGUACGCGCUGCGCGAGCCGGUGGAGCGCGCGCUGGAGCAGCUGGUGCGCGACGGCGUGCUCACCCCCGUCGACCGCUCCGACUGGGCCACGCCUAUCGUGCCGGUCGUAAAAAAAGACGGUAACAUACGUAUCUGCGCUGAUUUUAAAUUGACUUUGAACCGGGUUUUAGAGGUUGACCGUUAUCCGCUACCUAGGGUGGAGGAUUUAUUGGCACGUUUACAUGGGGGGGAGCGUUUCAGCAAGAUUGAUCUUUCGCAGGCAUACGCACAAUUUGAGCUCGAUGAAUCUAAAAAGUACACGGUAAUAAAUACUCACAAGGGGUUAUUUAUGUACAACCGCUUAGUGUAGGGCCUGUCAUCUAGCCCCGGAAUAUUCCAAAGACAUUUAGAACAAUUAUUUGCUGACCUGCCGCACGUGGGCGUAUUUUUGGAUGAUGUCAUUAUUACGGGUAGCAAUACGAAAUCCCACGUGGACAACUUAUAUAAAUAAAGUAUUUGAGCGAUUGCAGGCAAAUGGUUUGCGGGUCAGAAAAGAUAAGUGCGCGUUCUUUGAAGAGUCGAUUAAUUAUUUGGGGCACGUCAUCAGCAAGGAGGGUGUCCAUACGUGUCCGGAUAAGGUUAGGGCCAUCGUGAAUACCCCGGCACCUAGCAACGUGUCUGAGGUUCGGGCGUUCGUGGGUAUGAUAAUGUAUUACGCGAAGUUUAUAAAAAACGUGAGUACCUUGCUUACACCCUUGUAUAACUUGUUAAAGGCCGGAACCAAGUUUGUUUGGAGCGCGAGUUGUCAGGAGGCGUUCGUCAAAGUCAAACAAGUGCUGACUUCGAGUGAAGUUUUGGUGCACUAUUCGGGUUCUCUGCCGUUAGUUCUGACAUCAGACGCAUCCGGGGUGGGGAUAGGGUCCGUUAUAUCGCACCUCACGCCAGAGGGCGAGCGACCGGUGGCUUACGCGUCGCGUACGCUUACCCCGGCCGAACGGGCGUACGCGCAGAUUGAUAGGGAAGCGUUAGCUUUAGUGUACGGUAUACGGAAAUUUCACCAAUAUUUAUACGGUCGUAAGUUUAUAUUGAGGACAGAUCACAAGCCGCUCACAUACAUCUUUGGCGAUAAAGUAGGCAUCCCGGUGAUGGCGGCGUCUCGAUUGCAGCGCUGGGCGAUUUUGUUGUCAGGAUAUAAUUAUGAAAUUGAAUACGUACCUUCAAGUAAAAACUGUGCUGACGCGUUAUCGAGGCUGCCGCAAGGAGGUCAAGAUCAGAAACAAAAUCAGGAGGUAACUUACCUUAAUUUUGUGAAAGAUUUUUUACCUGUAACUAACGAACAAGUUAAGUCCGCUACGUCACGUGACGUAAUUUUAAGUAGGGUGUUGGCGUAUGUGCAGUCAGGCUGGCCGACAUCGUGUCAAGAUGAAGAGAUCAAACCUUUCCUAUUAAGGCGCCACGAGAUGUAUGUAGAGCGAGGUUGCUUAAUGUGGGGUUACCGGGUGGUGGUACCAGCAAUUUUGAGGGAAGCAGUUCUCAAGCAGCUUCACGUUAGUCAUAUGGGCAUAGUAAAGACUAAGGCCUUAGCUCGUAGUUACGUGUGGUGGCCCAAUAUUGACGCCGAUGUGGAAGCGCAGUGUAGGCAGUGUGAAACCUGUGCCGCGGAGGCGCCGGCGCCGGCGCAUGCACCUCCGAGCCCUUGGCCUUACUCAACCCACGUCUGGAGUAGGCUACAUGUAGAUUUUUUGGGGCCAUUCAAGGGAAAAACGUUCUUAGUACUUAUAGAUUCAAGUUCAAAGUGGCUGGAAAUAUUUGAAAUGGCUAGAACGAACGCAGGGGCAGUGAUUAAAGAACUAAGAGCAACUUUCGCGCGUUUUGGGUUGCCAAGAGAAUUAGUAUCAGACCAGGGUCCACCGUUCACGAGUAAUGAAUUCAAACAUUUCCUGGUAACUAAUGGCAUAAAACAGUCUUUCUCUCCAAUAUACCAUCCAGCAUCGAACGGGGCCGCGGAAAAUGCUGUGAAAUUAUGUAAACGGGCGAUUAGCAAGGCUUUUAGAGAGCGUACGGAUGUCGACGCGGCACUGCAAACUUAUCUCAUGGCAUACAGGAAUAGCAUGCAUAGUACAACAGGGGAGAGUCCGGCGAUGCUUUUGCAGCGGAGGUCGUUACGUUCACGGUUAGAUUUGCUUCGCAGCGAGAGUGCGCUGGAGAAACGGGUUAGUUCGGCCCAGCAGCGGCAGAUCGAAAACGCAGGCGGUACGCAGCGUCACUUUCAGCCUGGGGACGCGGUUUGGGCUCGCGAUUAUACCGGUAACGACAAAUGGGUUAGAGGUACGGUGCUGGGUGCCGAAGGUUCGCGGAGAUACACCUUAGAUAGCGGAAGCGGUAGAUCGGUUCUUAGGCAUGUUGAUCAAAUCAGACGGAGAUCUAGGUUAUCGACUGUACCUUGUCCUGAAGAGCUCAAUGAGACUAACGAGCGGUUGCCAGGGGCUGAGUACGGCGUCGCGCGCUCUAGCCAGCAGACGGAAGUGGGCGAAGGAAACGUGCAGCCUUUACAAAAGGAAGAAGUAACAAGUGCUGAAACUAGUGAGACAAAUGUGGCUUGUACGCCUCCUCCACGUCCGUCUCCUCCGCCACAGCGCCGAUCCCCGCUGGUCCUCAGGCCUUUACCGAACAGAAUUCGUAAGCUAGAAAUAGAUUAAUAUCUACGAGUUAAAUUUAUGUGAGAGGAGCAUAGAUAGUUAGUAAAUAAGGUCUUACAAUUAGAUAGGUAUAGAUUUGUUUAGGAUAAAAAGUUGUAAUAAUUUCUUUGUAAUAAUUUCAUUCUUUAUAACUUCUUUUAAGUAGAUUAUUUCAAGGUUUAGAGAUUAAGAAGGGAGGUGUGAUAUAUGUAUAAGUAUAUACGAUGUGGGUACACCUAGAUUAUGUUUACUUAGGUAUAGGGUAGUUGUAGUUUGUCAGUCUUUAAUUAAACCUCCUACGAAUCGCA